AUGUACAUUAAUAAUUGUUUGAAAUAUAAGGUUCUGGAGAGAACAUCUAAAGACGCUUUUCAGGCUUUAUGGAUCGAAAUUGAAUCCCUAAAGAGUAAAAAUAUCGUUUGUGGAGUGAUUUAUAGGCAGCAUAAUGAUCCGGAACAAUUCCUCCAUUAUGUUGACUUUACUUUAGAAAAACUUAGCUCCUCUGAUAAAGUUGUUUAUCUUAUGGGCGAUUUCAAUAUUGAUCUCCUCAAAUCUGAAAUUUCCGAUUACUCCCAAAAUUUUUUGUUAUCUUUACAAUGUUAUUCGUUCUUCCCGGUAAUUGAUAAACCAACUAGAGUCUACAAUAAUUCUGCCACACUCAUUGAUAAUAUAUUUCUGAAUAGAUUUGAUCAUAAAAUUUCAGGUGGAAAUAUCGUGUCAGACAUUAGUGAUCACUACUCCCAAUUUUGUUUUAUCCACAGUCUUAUACCAAAAAAAAAAUUUUACUGCUAAACAUAAAAUUCGCGAUUAUUCCAACUUCUCUGAAGAAUGCUUUAUUAAUGAUGUCUUGGAUACUGAUUGGGAUAACUCAAUGACAUAUGGAUCUGUAGACAAAUGCUUUUCUUCCUUUUACAAUAAAUUUAACAAGCUCAUUAAUAAACACGCUCCUCUCAAAAUCUUAUCUAGGCGCAAGGCUAAACAAUUUUCAAACCGUGGAUAA